AUGGCUGCCGAGUCGACCAGCGUUGGAGAGAGAGGCGAGGAGACAACAGGAUCAACCAGAGCGUCCUCGCCGGCAUCAUCUUCGGCCCGGAAGCCCACUUCCACAUUGAAACGCGCUGGCCCAAAGCCCUCUGCUCCUCCCGCUAAACGUCUUGCCUCUGGCUCCUCUUCCCUCAGAAGUGACGAUAACCCACCCACUGAGCAAUCUCAGUUUGCGGAGGAGCAGCAAAAGGGCCAAGCCGCUCAUGUAGGAGGAGGGCUGGGUAGCUGGGUCAGCACCUCUCAAGCCCCACAAGAAGAGUCUGAGCCUACGAGUGCUGGACGCUCGUCUCCUGAGCUGUCGAGCACACGGCACACCUGUUUCAGCCCCUACGACAUCUUUGGCCCCUUUUCCGCAAUCGCAAUCACCCGCAGCUUCAGACGAUCCGGUGCCGGACCCAGAGAAGGCUCCCUCAUCGCCGAUAACGUGCGCUCGUCAAGGCUCGACCCCAUUUCUUCCGGGUCGAGGGAUGAAGACGAAGAGAGCAAUUACGACGACCCCACAGGAGAGGGGACGGAGGUUAUGCCUAAUCCAUCCGAUACCUGGAAGGCGAUUGAGCAGCUCAGCCGGGCAUCAUUUCCCAAGGGCGAGGGCUGCAGGAUCUCGCUUGACCACUCCACCACCUUGAUGGACUUGCAGGCGAUGCUCGCACGGAUACAUAGGGGGUACACCCGGAUACAGGCGAGCCUUGAGGUAGCAUUCAUGACAGGACCUAUUCGAUCAUUCAGGCCCCAACCCUGA